UCCAGCUUGAGAGGUGACUUAUGAUCAAGUGAAAGAAAAGCUUCCUGUAUUCAAUUACAGUAAAAAAAAAAAAAAAAGGGAAAAAAAGUGGGCUGUGGGUGAAUGUAGCCCACUUCUGCACAUCCAAUCUUGUCCUCUACUCUAGAGACAUGCUCGAGCCUCUGAAAGACAUUUUUUCUUUCAUCACAAACAUUGUGCUAAUGACAGAAGAAGCACAAAGUCAGUUACAUAACUUCCUCAAUUAGCUGACAACCCCCUGGAGGACACCUGCAGGUCCCCAGACUGUGCCACCACCUCUCCUGGCAGCCCGAGACGCUCCGGCAGCGGGGUAAUAAUAGUCUAGCCCGCCUUCAGUAGGUCGGAUCUCCGCACUUGAACACACAGAACUGCGAGUUACCGAGUGUGUUGAACCUCGUUAGCAGCGCGGAGGCUUCGCUACAGAGGACAUGGCCUUCGGGCAUCUGAUCCCUCAGCUCAGGCUGGAGGAGCCGGCGGAGGACGGAAUGUUCAGGGGCAUCACCUUCCGCCCCUUCCAGCAUGGACAGCACCAGCGCGGGAAGUCAAGCUCUCCCUGCAGCGACAGGAAACGACACAAAGGUAUAAAAGUGGCACCGUGGAGAGAGGGAGGAGGAAACGAGGCUAUGCCAACCUGCCCUGCAGCGAACAAGACGGAAGAACCACACUGCAGGUGUUCCUCUCCAAGGGCAUCACCACGGAGCCCGGCUCACCCAAAGGCCCCAGCUAAUGAGCCAACGCAGGGAAAUUGAUUUAGUCUCCACCUUCCUAUCUCCAUCCCGUGCAAGCCAGAGAUAAAACCGGGCAUUAACUGCGUGGAGACAGCGACACCCUGACCGGUGCAAGACGGACUUCUGGGCACAGCUUUGGGCCGCCAGCGUCUCCCUCUGCCGCUGCAACUUCAAAAUGGCCGCAAAGUGACAACAAACGACCUCCAAGCCUUUUCACGACAUCAGCAUCAAUAUUCAAGGGCUGACAGUUGGUGCCUUCCUCUUUAGCAUUAGCAACAGCAACUAAGGUAACAGCUCUGGCAGCUUUGACAGUAGCAUAGCCAAUGUGUAAGUGCGGGUGUGUGUAAUUUGGCCUGCCUGUCCCUGGGGAGGACCAGCAAAGGAGUUGUGUUACACUCCCCGUCAGGCCUUAUACAUGUUUCAUCUGCUGCUCUCAGAACAGAAGCCCCCUUUGUUAUCUAAUCCAGCCCUCUCCUCCCCAGCCUGAGAGACUGAGUUUACUGCCACAAGACUGCUCUUCACAGUCUGUCAGCCAGCCACUGACCUGAUACAUAUCAACCAGCAGCUGAGGAGCAGCGCAAGGACUUGAUCAGCCCCAAGAUACCUGCUAUCAGGACUUCCAGGCUAGUCUUUCAGUCCAUUGGCUGGCACAUGGAGACAACUCUUAAAUAAACAAGAAGAACUGAGCGGGCUGUUUUUAAGGUCCACCAAAGAUUGUCAAGAACUCCAUAUUGUGCCUCAUCUGUUUAACACUGAACCUCAACUUUAUCUAACAGCUCUUCAAGCUGCAGAACUGGAGAAGUGUCAAUUCUUGUAACCAAGGAUCUCACACUUUAAGGGUGGCAUUUUAUUUUUAGAGAAGGUAGUCAGGACCAUGAGUGACACUCUUAGACCCCCUUCACUCCAGGUAAGCAUUCCAACCGAUGCCCCGGCGUACUCAGACGGAGGAAGCAACGUCGUGUCAGAUGGCUGCAUGCGAUCCAGCUCCUCAACCCCGACGCUCCGGCGCAAGCGCUUCAAGAUGCGGCGCAUGAGGAACGUGCCCAGCGAGAGGGAGAUGGAAAAGGGACGGCUGACUGUGGGCCACCUCACAGCCCGGUCGCGCUCCAGCUCCAAGGAGUACCUCCAGCUGCCCUCCAUUGAGAUCACGCCAUCCAGCGACGAAGACGCCGCCUCUUCCUGGUCAAGAUGCUCCACGCCCAGCGCCUCUCCGCGCCGCAAGCGUUUCCUGUUGAGGAAGUGGCUGAAGGUCAGAGAGAAGAAGGAGCAAGCCAGUGACAGCAGCAGUCAGCAGAGCAGUCAGCAGAGCAGCCUGCAGAGCAGCCACGAAGAUGACAGCUCUCGCUUCCUGACUCCAUUAAUCCGAGAGGAGAGGUCUGACAGUGCAGCCGACAAAAUCAGCACUGCCAGUAACUCAAACAAGAGCACACCUGCCUGCUCACCAGUCCUGCGUAAACGCUCGCGCUCUCCCACACCACAGAGCCAGGAGGGCGAGAAUAUGGUCGAGAAGGGUUCAGACCACUCCUCUGACAAGUCCCCCUCCACGCCUGAGCAGGUUGUCCAGAGAACAUACUCCCUGCAGUCAGCAAGAAGCGGGGGAAAGAACUCAAAGUCUCACAAGCGACUUUCCAAAAAGAGCCAAAGCUGGUACAACCAUGAAAGACAACACAUCCUGAGAGUGCUGAGCCCGACAUACAAGCAGCGCAAUGAGGACUUUAGGAAACUCUUCAAGCAGCUUCCCGACACAGAGAGACUCAUUGUGGACUACUCGUGUGCUCUUCAGCGGGACAUCCUCUUGCAGGGACGACUCUACCUCUCUGAGAACUGGAUCUGCUUCUAUAGCAACAUCUUCCGCUGGGAAACGCUGCUGACAGUGCGGCUAAAGGACAUCUGCUCGAUGACGAAAGAGAAGACUGCUCGCCUCAUUCCCAAUGCCAUCCAGGUCUGCACCGACACCGAGAAGCACUUUUUCACCUCAUUUGGAGCCAGGGACCGGACUUACAUGAUGAUGUUCAGACUGUGGCAGAACGCUCUGCUGGACAAGCCCCUGUGCCCCAAAGAACUGUGGCACUUUGUCCACCAGUGCUAUGGCAACGAGCUCGGCCUGACCAGUGACGACGAGGACUACGUUCCCCCUGAUGACGACUUCAACACCAUGGGGUUCAGUGAAGAGAUUCCCAAUGAAGAAAACGAGAUCAACAAUGACAACUUGUCUAAGAGCAGCGCCGAGGCCAAGCCCGAGGGGAGCCCACUGCUGCUACAUAAGAAGGUCGUCCCAAACAGCACCAUCCCCAGCCCAGGGGACACACCCAUCGCUUUUGACCUCCCGGCAGAAGACUUUGUAGACUUCCUGCCAGAUGGCGAGCUGCUAACCGUGCCACUGUUGGUGGAAGAGAAGACCAACGAUACCAGCGGGCCUGGUGGUCCCGUCCCCUCACCCUCUCUGGACUUCAACGACAACGAAGACAUCCCCACCGAGCUCAGCGACUCCUCGGAAACACACGAUGAAGGUGAAGUACAGGCCUUCCAUGAGGAUCUGAAUGGCAGGCAGCACAUCAACGAGGUCUUCAAGUUCAGUGUGGACAAGCUCUACGACAUCCUCUUCACAGAGUCACAGUUCAUGAGUGACUUCAUGGAACAGAGACGAAUCUCAGAUGUGGUGUACCACCCAUGGAAGAAGGAGGAUGCUGGGGACCAGACCAGAGAGAUCAUGUACACCAUCUCACUAUCCAAUCCUCUGGCCCCCAAAACAUCCACAGCCAGUGAGACACAGACUCUGUACAAAAUCAGUCAGGAGAGCGAGUGCUACGUCAUCGACGCUGAGGUCAUCACACAUGACGUGCCCUACCACGAUUACUUCUACACUCUCAACCACUACAUGCUCACCAGGGUGGCCAAGAACAAGUGUCGGUUACGGGUAUCGACAGAGCUGCGCUACAGGAAACAGCCGUGGGGGCUGGUGAAAGGCUUCAUAGAGAGAAAUUUCUGGAGCGGGAUAGAAGAUAACUUCCGCCAUCUUGAGUUGGCGCUGUCCAAGCUGGAGGAGAUUUUUAACGAGUCCCACCAGCUGUCUCCGAAGGCCAAGGUGGUGAAAAACUCCACGGUGAGGCGGAAGAAGCGGCCACUCCCCCACAUGCGCAGCCAGCACCUCGACGAGGCCCUCAGCCCCGUUACCACGCCGACAGAUGAGGAAGUGAUUCAGAGGAUCAAACAGGUGGCGGGCUCCACGCAGACGAGACACCAGAGUCCAGAACACCAUCACCUGCCCGGAGGCCUCGCUUUCUAUAGUGUCUCCAAACUGCUGCUCAUCAUCAGCUUUGUGAUCUGUCUAAGCCUGGUCCUGCUGGUAUUCCUCAACAUGAUGCUCUUCUACAAGCUGUGGAUGCUGGAGUACUCUGCACAGUCUUUGACGACCUGGCAGGGGUUGCGGCUUCAUGAAAGUAAACUGCCGCAGACGCAGAUGGAGUGGGCCCAGCUCCUGGAGGCACAGCAGCGUUACCAUGACGCCGAGCUGCAGAAGUGGAGGGAGAUUAUCAAGUCAUCAGUGGUGCUGCUAGACCAGAUGAAAGACUCUUUAUUGAACCUCCAGCGGGGCAUUGGUUUAAGGGACUACAGCUCUGAGGCUGAAGAGAAGAGAAGUCGCUACCACUGACACACCACCAGAAGGCCAUGAGGGCAUGCUGUGCAAUAUAGGACCUGUUUUGUUUGUGAACCAGUAUGCAGGCAGCAGCAAGACAGACAGACAGACAAGACAGACAGACGGACAGAUAGGACGGAGGGGGAGGCGGGACCAACAGUGAGCUGGUCCAACAGACACAAAGAGAGGAACAGUCGUCUCCAGCACACAGAGGUUAGAACCCCUCAGGAGGAGGAAAUCAUGGACAGAAAGUGCCCCGACCGCACAAAGGAACUGAGGUGUCCCCAACAUCACUGAGGCAUUGUGGGAAGGUGCAAGACUGGCUCCUUCUCUACACGUCUGUGGGAUAACUGUUUUCUUCUACUCUCUUAUUUCCAAGUGCAUCCUACUGUAAGCCAUGUCGACCAGACAGAGAGAACGGAGGAAAACUACUGCAUGCAUUUAGACAACCUAGCUCCCCUCAGUCAGUGUUAAUGUGGUCCAGUUCCAGUCUAUGUGUGUCAAAAAAAAAAAAGAAGAACAGAAGACGAGGAGAGAUCCAGUCAAAGAACGGGGGGUCCUUUCAAGUCUUAAUGGCUUUCUACACUCUCUAGACUGUUCCAAACCUAUCGUCCCCAAAAAGGUCCUCGCUGCAGCGUCCCUUUCUUGUAGACCUCCGUGUGAUCCGAGCACAGUAACGCCACCAAAACAGAGAGGGAGCGUUCAGCGAACAGUCCCUAUUGCCUUGUUUGAACCUGGUCUCUGUCAGGGCUGGUUCCCUGUCAGAAGACCGCUGCGUUAGAAUAUUUAUUCAGUAAAAACUUCAAAAACUGAUGGGACCUCAGCCAGUACUUUGAACCUUAAACACAAUUUACCUCAUCAGUUGCCCCUGCCAUAGUGUUAGCUACCUUACAUCACAUUAUUCCUGACCCUCCCUGUGAAGCAGAAUGUAUGAGCCCGGACAAAAAAAUGGCCAGACUUCGAUCACAACUCAGUGAUCCUAGACAAAGGGAUGCUGCAGCUCGACUAAUAGGGAGACCUGUGUUCUUACAUGUUUUAUUACUAAACUGUGACUAUAUCUCUUUAAAAAUGUUUCAAAUUAGAAAGAAUUCUAUGAAUAUAUUUGAAAUAUAUAAGAAUAUUUCAUUAUUUAAUAUAUAUAUAUUUCAAAAUAUAUAAACAUUACCUAUAUUUAUUGUUAAUUUAUGUACAUAAAGAAAUUAUCAGAGCUCUAGACCAGUUAAAGAAUUUCUAACAAAAAGUGUUUUCUUCUAAAAAAAAAAAAAAAUGCAUGCCAGAUAUGUCUGUGACAUGUCCAGUGUGCAAGUAUGAUUCCGCAUUUGCGCGGUUAUGUUCGCGCAUGUGUAUGUGCGUGCGUGUGUGCGUGCGUGCGUGUGCGCGUGUGUGUGUGCGUGCGUGUGUGAAAGAGAGAAAAUGCGAGAGUGAAUGAGUGUGUGAGUGAGUGUGUGUGUGUGAGUGUGUGUGUGUGCUGUAAAGCGUAAUGACAUUUUUACCAUUCCUCACUUGUAUGUUUCUUAAUUUUUCUUUUCUGGCUCGUGCAGCCAGACUGCCUUUUUUAAUGCUAAUGCAUUUGGAUGCCGCCUUGCAUUAGCCCCACUCGGGUACAGUUUACAAACGAAGAGUUUUGUUCCAAAAUGACAUAUCCAACAUUUGAAAACAAAGUUACGCCGACUUUUACAAACUUUGAUUGAAUGCCUAAACUGUCUAUUAAUGUCACGUGCUAAGUAGUUUAAAUCCAACCAUGGUUAACAAAAGGAAGACGACAUCCAAAUUUUGUGAGAUUGAUUGAUGAACUUGACGAUUUUUCGCUUGUAAAUGGAUAUACAACAUUUUGGAGAUGAACCCUUCAUUUCCCCUUUUUGAGCAACUCUUUGUCCGUGUCACCACAUUAGUGGCUUGACGAGUAUUUGUUGAAAAGAGCAGUUUGACAUUGUGAGAAAUAUUCAUGUUUUGCCUUCUUCCUGAAAGUAAGAUGAGAAGAUGGAUACCAAUCUCAUGUGUGAGGGUGAUACAAAUCAUCUCCUUGAACUCCCAGAAAGAACGCAAAACAGCUGAUUUCCCAAAGUGUCCAACUCGUCCUUUAAAAACCACUUCGACCCAUAUUAUAUUCUACCUUCCCCCGUUUCAAGUGUCUGUCUUGGAUGCAAUGAAAGCAUGAGAAUUAACUUUACGCAACUAAAAAUCGAACCAAAAGAAAGAAGUAGAAAUGUACCUUCACGAAUUAUCAUGUUGUUUUAAAUGAAGUAUUUAUCAUGUAUGUCAUGUAUUAUAUAUAUAAGUGGAUUUGGGGGGGCAGCAAAGAGCAUCUCUUAGGAGUUUGUCAACAGAGACCCCUGACAUCUGACAGACUUCAGCGAUGAAAGCACUUCCAAAUUUAAGAAAAACUUCCUUGUGUUAAGAAGAAAAAGAGAGAUAGUUACGCACUUUAAGGCCUUUUCAGGUAAAGAAUGAAAGAAAGGAAUGGCAGCGGGCUGAGGGAAUAGUUUCUGUGCUGUAUUUUAGUUUAUUUGACAAUCACGCUGGUGAUUUACAACUUCCGAACUCAGUAGAGGCAGCCGGAUUUUAAUCCUGCUGGUUCAUUACUACUCAAACAUGACGUUCCCUAUGCCUAAAUAGAUUAUCUGAUUACAUCUCUUCUAAAACCCAAUCUGACACUGACACGCUCUUAAUCUGUUGGAGGGGCAAGGCGAGAAUGACGGAUUCGUAUGAGGGAAAAGGUGUCUUUACUGUGUGCCUGCAUGGCGUGUCACUGACUGACUUACUGAAGACAGAAGAAGAAGCUUCAGGACUGGACCCCUGCUGUGUGUGCGUGCAUGUGUGUGUGCGUGUAUAUUACAUUUGAAGAGGGCACUGAGUAAUGAUAACACAGGGAAACCUUAAAGCCUGAAUGUGAGUGGUUGGAAAUGUUUUCUGUUUUAUAGAAAUCACUUUUCACAAUCCCGACGACACUGAAAGAUUACGGUGAAGUUACGCUUCAUGGUACAGAGAUGUCAUGUGUGUGGAAAUGUGAUUGAAACGCUUUAAAGAAUUUUGUUUUUCGAGGUGUGUGAUGAAAUGGAUUUUUCUUUUUCAGAUGCUUGAAUUCUCUUGUUUUGUUUUUGUAAAAAAAAAAAAUGACUGUUUUGAAGGAGACGUGGUGAACGCUUGAUGCUGCCCAACUCUGGUUUUUGGUUCUUGUGACAAUUCAUUUCACUGUCGAGGCUGAACUGCUGUAAACACACACGCUCCUGAGCCCAAAAUUAAAUAUUCACUCCGGCCUCUGAGGAACUGGCACAGCUGACCUGAAUCUAAUAUCCUCAAUCUCCACAGUUAUGAAAAUGAGUUUUGUUUUGUUUUUUUUACCUUCAUCCUUCUCCCCAGCACUCCCAUGUUUGUCAUUGGUACCAACAAAUCUGACUAAAGCGAACCUAAGCUACGAUCUCUCACAGCUCAGCUAUUUGUCGUUUUUCUUCUUCUUUCGUUUCUUUUCUCUUGUGCACUCACACAGUUACACAAAUGAUUGUAUGAUUGCUAUGGCUGCACAGCUGUGGAACCAAGGUGACCCGAUGAGUUCUGGAUGCCACCGUUUUGUCACUGACACCUAAUGAAUUGUGCGCUUUGUUGACUGUAUUAAUUGGCAUUUGGCCUUGCCGUCGCUGAGCCGGCUAGACACGAGUGCCACCCUUCGCGACACAGUACUGACUAACAGCCUCGGUUUAACAGACGGUAGGAAUCACACACAACCUGUCGAAAAAAACGACCACUGAUCAAACUCAUAGCAAAGGCUCUUCUCAGAGUGUGUCUUGAUGAAAUAUGUACUGGUGUAGUUCUGUUUGAAAAGAAUUCUACUGUAUGUUCUUUCUUUUUUUUUUUUUCUUUUUU